AUGAAAGACGUAAGACCGCCAGUUAUUCAAGAAGAUACAAAGAUGCUUGUCAGAAGUUUAUCGCGGAGGCUGUGGAACACAGUACGAUAUGAAAAAAGAUUCCUAGCUUCGGAGCCAACUAAACCUCAGCCUGAAGUGAGCAAUAGUGUUGAACAGAAUCAGGCUGAAGCAUUAGAUAAGGAUAUAUGUCUAUUAGUAGAUGAAAAAGACAAUUUUAUUGGCACUGCAACAAAACGUGAUUGUCACAAAGUUGCGGAGGAUGGUAGUAUCUUACUUCACCGUGCCUUUAGUGUGUUCCUAUUUAAUAAACGAGGGGAUAUGUUUUUGCAAAGAAGAGCCAGUCAGAAGGUGACAUAUCCAGACUAUUAUACAAACGCAUGUUGCAGUCAUCCCCUGUACAUUGAUGAUAAACCUGAAGAUAUUAUUACAGCAGCCAGACGAAGAUUAAACUUUGAACUGGGUAUUCCUCUUGACCAGAUGGACCCAGAGCUAUUUACCUUUCUAACGCGCGUUCACUACCACGACCCGGGCGAUGGAGUUUUUGGUGAGCAUGAGAUUGACCACAUACUGUUCUUCCAAAGCGACGUCAAGGUCAAGCCAAACUCCGAUGAGAUAUCCGAAUACUGCUAUGUGCCCAAAAACGAAUUCAAUGCGUAUAUACCAACACUCGAAGGCCCAUUAACUCCAUGGUUUAAUAUGAUUCGACGCCAUAGACUAAAGCUGUGGUGGGACAACCUCCAUCGCCUCAAGGAGCUUGCCGAGCCAAACAAAAUCAACAAAUUCUUGAACGAAAAA